AUGGAAGAUCAGCUUGCAAAGGCCUUGGCAUCAAGAUUGAAUAAGCAACAGAUGCAGAAAAUGUUGUAUUUGAACGAAUACUUCCAACUUGGCCCGCUCCUCAACUUAGCCAGGGAAAGGCCGCUGCUCAUCUCGGGACUCGUUGAAACAUAUCGCCGUACAGCCGCAGAACCCGUUUCGGAUUACGUUCCGAAUCUUUGGAUGAGAAUCAAUCUCUACCGUCGGUUAAAAGAUAACCUCAGACGGCAUGAGCUAUCCUUUGUACCAAGUAUGACAGUUUUCGCAUUGUUCAUGGUUGCCCCAACCGACGUGCUGCGAUCCCGGCUUGAUGAUCUAGAGAGAAACGCUCAAGAGAAGAACAUGACUGAGGUCCAAGAGUUUAUUGAGCAGUGCAGCGCCGCUGUUGCUGUAAUACAAGAUUUUGUAAGGGCAAAAUCGCGACAAGUCGGAGAUUUUGGUGAAGACAACUCGCACCUUUUGCGAUCAAUGAAUCUUAAACGAGACGAGAGGCAAUGUAGCAUCUCCCGCAAUGAGAAUCCCGAAGCCGUUCCCAUCUUCCCCAAUACGAUUCAUUCUCCCAAUCUCUUAUCCAUGAUGGACACCUUUUGGGGUACUGAGACAGCUGCUCGUCUCUCUACACUAAUUCGAGAUCCAGUUUUUUUAAAAUCCCCCCACAAUAUGCUAUCUCUUAAUCGGCAACUAAGUUGGUGGUAUCAGAGCGGGAGGAUUGCGUUCAAGCCGUUGCGUGAGACGGAUACCAACUCGCUUAGAAUCCAGUUUCACUGGCUGAAGAAGAGCAAACUGGAACCAGCACAACUCUUUACAGAUGAUAUGGACAUCCGGGAAGUGAUGGAGGCAGCCGAUAUUCCAGAGCCCGAUGGCAGGGGCAAGGGCAUUAAUGGAUGGGGAGAGCAUCAUUUUGACAGCUACAGUGGCUUGGGCAUGGAAACCGGUCAGAUCCAUUGGCUGAGCGAACACUUCGAGAUUGAGCCCCCGAGCUUUGAGAUGCUACAGCUCUUGUGGGACUUGCUUCGCGUUGCCGCGAUCUGUGGAGCAACCAAACCAAUCUAUUCGACGGAUGAAGCCAACGGCGAUUAUGAUGAUCAUUAUGGUGGUUAUGAGGAUAGUGAUGACGAUUACCACAAUGGUCGUCGCGAUGUUGGAUAUUAUGAUGAACAGUAUGAUGGCGGUUAUGAUGUUGAUGAGAUGAAAUCACAGCCGGACAUGUACCGUGACAAGAACUAUGCUCAGCUGCGUCAUUGGGGAGAAGGAGAUGAGAGACAAGAAGUCGAGGGACAAGAAGUCGAGGGACAAGAAGUCGAUGGACUAGAGGACCUACCUAUAGAGGAAUGUACUUUCCAGUAG